GACUGGAGUGUUCGGCCUACAUAUGUGGAGGGGUUUUCUGUUAUCGUGUGCGUAAAUCAAUAAGCCCUAUAGGUAACGAUAAUGUCUUCUUUCAAUCAUUCACACGAGAAACAUAGUAGGCCUAACCUGCAUUUCGAAAGCCAACCCAAAUCCAAGGUUAGUUAUGCCAAUGCAACUCCCCGUGAUCCCCUUGCUGUCGGAACUUCGUCCGGAGCAGCUCAGUCAUAAGUUUUCUACCACGUCAUGAGGUAGGAACUUACUGUACUGUACCAGUGGACGGACAUUCGCGACCAUUUGAAAUUUGUUUUAGUGUCUCUUCACAGAGAAAACAUGAAGCCGGGUUGUGUGGGUGAAAAUGACGGUCUGACGUUUUGGCUGGCAAAGCCCGAAGAUUAUGACGAUGUCAUGUCCAUAUCAAAGGACAUAUACUUGGGGAAUGACUACCUACCCCAUCGAUAUCAUGAGUGGAUGGUGGAACCGGACCGAGUGGUCAUACUGGCCAGGAGAGCAGGCAAGCUGGUGGCUCUAGAGUCUGGGAUAGUGGUGGAUAAUGGGCAGACGGUGGUGGUGGAGGGCUUACGUGUCUGUCCCAGUGAGAGAGGUCAUGGAUUGGCUGGGAUCAUCCAGGCAUUUUGUGAUAACUAUAUGAGGAAUCUCUACCCCAGCAUCAAGUUGAAGCGUAUGACCCGAGGAGACGACCCAGGGCCGGAGAAACUGUCCAAGUUUCGACUGCUGGCCAGGAGGAGUGUUCUGUCUUUAUCCGGAGAGACGGAGAGUUUUGAUGGCUUCAUCUCUGCGCUGAAGGCGAAGCCGACGUCAGGUGAAGGAGCGGGCGCCGCACACCUGGCCCUGGAGACGGAGCAGCAGCUCCGCGCCGUCCUGCUGGACCCCGACGUGGCCUCCAGGCUACAGCUGCCCGGCGGCGCCGUCAUCCAGGACUGGCAGCCGCUGCAGCCAAUGGAGAGCAACCUGGCGGUGCUGAGGAGGCGGAACCUGACGUGGUUCGUGGGCGGCGGGCCGCCCGAGAAGCCGGCGUUCGCGAGCUUCUACACGCCGCCGUACCCCGUGCCGUACAAAGGGGGGGCGCAGCGGCUCAACGUCGACAUGUACGGAACGGACGAGGGCCUGGCGCGCGGGGCGCUGCUGGCCAACCUGGAGAAGGUCAGGGCGGAGCUGAGGGGCACGGUGCAGAUGCACGUGUACAUGCACGGCUCGGUGUACGAGAGCCUCAGGACGUUCUGCCAGAGCGACACAGGGGUGCAGGAGAGCAGGGCCAAGUGGGAGCAGCUGUUUCUGGAAAAGGAUCUGUGAUGAGAGAGAGGGGGGUGGAGGUAGAAAUAGACGAGAAUUUUGUGGGGGUGUGUGUCUGUGUGUGUGUGUGUGUACAUGCAUGUGCGCAUGUGCGUGUGUGUACGUGCAAGUCACUGAGUGAGUGUGUGUGUGUGUGUGUGUGUGUGUGUGUGUGUGUAUGUGCGUGCAUGUGACUGAGCGUGUGUGCAUGUGUGUGCGUGUGUGUGUGUGUGUGUGUGUGUGUGUGUGUGUGUGUGUGUGCAUGUCUGUGCAUGUGUGUGUGUGUGUCUGUGUGUGCCUGUGUGUGUCUGUGUGUAUUUGGAUUUGCAUGUGCAUAUGCCUUCAAGUGUGAUGAAAGGGGAGAUCAAAAAAGAGCGUAUGACUGUUGAUGAAAAGAAAGUAAAUACAAUCCUAGAAUAAACACUAAACCAUAAACCAUUUUUCCAAAUUAGUGGGGUGGAAGGAUUUGCAAACAACUGAUGUCGAUGUGAUAGUCUGGAAUGAGGACAAAAUAAUGUUAACAUACUAUAGUGGCCUUUACUAAUUAGGUUUCUGGUGAACCUAAUAUAUGAUAAAAAUCAGAUCAUAUGCAUUAUUCUUUAUCAGCCAAAGAGUUGUAUAUUCAUUUUUACAUUGAAUGACAGAUCCACAAAGCCAGUCUGUUGAAGAUUUUAACGUCACAGUUGGCGGAAAUGUCUUUAAAUGAGGACCUGGAGUGUAUGUGAUGUUAAAAUGUAAUUGGUACCUCAUGCAUAGCAAUGACUCGAGAGCAGAAGGACCAUCACUAUAGGGCAGAGCUGCUGUGUACUCCUAAAUCAAAAUGAUUGCAAUCGAAAUAAAGAUUCGACGCGU